CAUUUGUCAUUGUCUGGAGAUAUUUUUUCAUUGUCACGGCUGGGGAGGGAGGCUACUGGCAUCUAAGGGGCAGAGGUCAAGGGUGCUGCCAAAAAUUCUGCAAUAUACUGUCAAAUAAUUAUCCUGGUCAAAAUAUCGAAAGUACUGAGGUUGAGAAAGCCAUGCCUCGAUAUGAGCAGUACAUACAGAAGACUCCUCACAAAGUGAAAGCGAUUGAUCUUGCCAUCAUGAUAAGGUUCUUCCUGUGAGUGGGCAUGUAGUCACUUUAUUUUACCUAGGCUCACAGGCACUGGAUGCUAAGCGGACUGUUACAGACCGAGGUGCUUCUUGCCUUGAGCCAAGAGAUUUGUUCCUCUGCUAAGCAGUUUGUUGUGAGGUAUAUUGGAAGACACAGAAGACAAGCAAACAAUCCAAGCAACUAAGGACAACAUCUUCUUUUAUUGUUCAAGAAAGAAGUAUCCCUGUCAUAUAAAGGAGGGGGGAAAAAUGCUCUUUUGGGUGUUAGCCCUUCUAAUCCUUUGUGGUUUUCUAUGGAAUUAUAAAAGACAACUAAAGAUUGCAGACAUCACUGAUAAGUACAUUUUCAUUACUGGGUGUGACACGGGCUUUGGAAACUUGGCAGCCAGAACUUUUGAUAAGAAAGGAUUUCGUGUCAUUGCUGCCUGUCUGACUGAAUCAGGAUCAACAGCUUUAAAGGCAGACACCUCAGAGAAGCUUCACACUGUGCUUCUGGAUGUAACUGACCCAGAGAAUGUCAAGAGGACUGCCCAGUGGGUGAAAAACCAAGUUGGGGAAAAAGGUCUCUGGGGUCUGAUCAACAAUGCUGGUGUUCUUGGCGUGUUGGCUCCCACUGACUGGCUGACAGUGGAGGACUACAGAGAACCUAUAGAAGUGAACCUGUUUGGACUCAUCAAUGUGACAUUAAAUAUGCUUCCCUUGGUCAAAAAAGCUCAAGGGAGAGUUAUCAAUGUCUCCAGCAUUGGGGGUCGGCUUGCAUUUGGCGGAGGGGGUUAUAGCCCAUCCAAAUAUGCAGUAGAAGGCUUCAAUGACAGCUUAAGGUAAAGCAAACAUUGACAUAUUAGGAAAUAAUAGCUGCUAACAUUUAUUGAAUGUUUAUUAUGUACCAGACGCUAUAUUUAGU